AUGCGACGAAGCGGACUUAUAGCUUCCAACGAAGAUUCUCCGUCGUCAAAUGAGGAGAUUGAAGAGGAGGACAUUUCUGCUAGCGACGAUGGUGAUUCGGACAAUCAAGAAAUCGAUGCCACUCCAAUCCAGCACAAAAAGCGGGCGAAAAGCACCCAUGAUAGUCGGCCAUCGUUUAAUACCAUAGUGGAAACCUCGUUUGAUGCGUACUUCACUUACAAUUCUUCCCGCGCACAAACUUCUACCAAUGUUUUCUCGAAACUGGUUUUGCCCCUUACUCCUGAAGAAUACUCAGAAGCCAUACGCUCAGCGGCCAGCAAUCUGAAGUCGGUGGAGCCUGCCAUACUUGCAGAUGGAUAUCGUACCAAGGUCUUUUCUCGUUGCAUGUCCGAACUCAAGGAGGGUUUCAACAUUCUCUGUUACGGAUAUGGAUCCAAACGGGACAUUCUCAAUAAAUUCGCAACUGAAUGUUGCGCGAAAGCCGGCCACGUCGUUGUAGUCAACGCGUUUCAACCCAAUUUUGUGAUGAAAGAUCUUUUUACUUCGAUCGAAAACGUACCCGGCGUAACAGACCAAGAAUUAACUUCCACGGCUAUCGAGAAACAAGCGCGGAGAAUUUACGACUUCUUCGCAGGGCCAUCGCAAGAACAUCUAUAUCUCAUCAUACACAACAUUGACGCUGCUCCUCUACGUAACCCGAAGGCGGAGGCUCAUCUUUCACUCCUUGCGCACAAUCCACGCAUUCACAUCGUCGCAUCCAUUGACCACAUCAACGCUCCCCUUCUCUGGUCCUCUUCGGAGUCAUCCUCUCGUAAACCUCACGGACCGAUAACCGAUUCUACUACAUCUCGUGGAUUUGCAUGGUUGUGGCACGACCUUACAACACUUGCCUCCUAUGAUUUUGAGCUGGCAUUCGCAGACCGGUCGUCGAUAUCUGGCGCCCAUGGAGGAGGAGUGCGUCGGAAAAACGACGCACUUGCACCGCAGAAUGCCACCGCAAUGAGCGAGACGGCCGCUCGGCAUAUUUUAGCGUCAGUAACGCAAAAAGCGCAGAAGCUAUUCCUACUGUUAGGAAACAAGCAGCUUGAAAGUAUAGAGGAAGCGGGUGACGACGGAGCUAGCGACCUUCAGCAGUUCGCUAUGGCUUACGAUACUCUGUUCAACAACGCCAGAGACAAUUUUAUCGCCACCAACGAUACUGCCCUUCGCUCUCUGCUAGGGGAAUUCAGGGAUCAUGGCUUAAUCGUUUCCGCCCAAGCUGGGUCCGGCAGCGGAGAAGUUUUGUGGAUACCCCUGCGAAGGGAAAGAUUGACCAGCGUUUUACAGACGUUACAAAUUGAUAAGUAG